AGAAGAAGAAGGAGGAACAGAAGAAGAAGAAGGACCGGGCGGACGUGACGUCAGCCGGGAUGAAAACAUGGUUGAAGAGAGUGAAAUCCGCGUGGUUCAUCAGGGAGGCAGUAAAAUCACCUUCAGGAAGCCGCUGAUCAGCUCCGACAGCAGGUUCCUGCUCUGCGCCUCCGGCCACCAUGUGAAGGUGUUCAGCAUCCUGACCGAGGAGUGUGUCCAGGAGCUGCGGGGACACACCGACCUGGUGACCGGGCUGCUGCCCCGGGCCUCCAACCAUCUGCAGAUCUACUCCUGCUCAGUAGAUGGCACCAUCAGACUGUGGGACUUUACAGAUGGCGUUCUCAUCAAGACCUUCGCCGUCGGAUAUCCCAUCUACUCCUUCUACGGCUCCUCCAGCCACCAGGAGGUGCUCUUCAUCGUCACGCCCUCACAGAGGAAACGCUCAUCAGAUGCGUUCCAGCUGCUUGCCGUCCGUCUCCCGCAGCGUUCUGACCCGCUGGUGGACGCCACCGAUGUCUCUGUGGUUCUGGAGGAUGUCGGCUCCAACCCUGCAGCCGUGUCCUUCGGUAGAGAGGGAGAAUAUGUGGCCUCAGCUAAAGAUCUCCAGCUGCAGAUCUUCUUCUUCAAGAAGGAAAAGUCCUACAGGUUCUCUCUGAAGGAGGACAACAAGAAAGGAGGCAGGAACACCUUCACCUGCGUGACCUGCCACCCCAAAGACGACUGCGUGGCAUCGGGACACGAGGACGGGAAAAUCCGGCUGUGGAGAAACUUCAACCACAGAAAGGAGUACACCUACUCCACCCUGCACUGGCACCACAGCGCCAUCAGCUCGCUGUGCUUCACCCCCGAAGGCACCAACCUGCUGAGCGGAGGCGUGGAGUCGGUUCUGGUCCAGUGGAGAUACAAGCAGGAGAGCCAGCUGGACUACCUGCCGCGUCUCGGAGCCGCCAUCACGCACAUCGCCGUCUCACCAGACGGGACGCUGUUCUCUACAUCCCACAGCGACAACAAAAUCACGCUGAUCCACGGCGGCGUGAAGGUGUCGGCCAUCAUCCAGGGUCUGGUCCAAGGAGAAAGCGUCCAGACGGAUCUGCUGGUGGACCCUCGCAGCAAAGCGCUGGUGCUGAACGGAAAACCGGGUCACCUCCAGUUCUACUCGCUCCAACGAGACAAACUUCUGUUCAACCUGGACGUGGUGCAGCAGGAGUUCAUCCACCAGUCGGGUCUGGCCCAGUUCCAGGUGGUCCAGGCAGCGAUGGACGGUUCCGGCAGCUGGUUGGCCACCGUGGAGGAGAGGAAGCAGAAAGCUGCUCAGGUGGAGUUGAACCUGAAGCUGUGGGCGUUUGAUGAGCAGACCCAGAGCUUUGUGCUGAACACGACCAUCUGGGCCCCCCACGAGGCGGGGAUUACCUCCAUGUGCUUCGAGCAGGCGGGCGGCAGCGGGACCGCCCUGCUGGUGUCCAGCAGCAGAGACGGACACUUCAAAGCCUGGCAGCUGGCGGCGCCGGCCCACACAGACGACGGCGCCCCCUCCUGGUCUUGUGACUUCGUCGGCGCCUACCACGGCCUGGUUCCGGAACGCUGCUGCUUCUCUGCCGACGGCUCUCUGCUGGCCGUCAGCUUCCAGGAAGUGGUGACCGUCUGGAGCCCGACUUCCUGGGAACUCCUGGUGACGCUGUCGCAGCCGCCGGGCGCCAUCAGGGAUCUCUGCUUCGGACGUCUGAGCUGCUCAAAGUAUCUCCUGGCAACAACCAGAACCCAACGGCUCUGCUGCUGGAACCUGCUCACCUGCUCCUUGGAGUGGACCACGCCGAUGGACGCCGAUCUGCUGCUAGCCGACCCGCUAUCGGAGAACAUGGCCGCCUUCUGUCACCGGGAUGGAUCCACUGACUGUACGUCUGAAUGCUAGGCCUCAGUUAGACGC